CUUGGUCUGCCCUUGGCUCUUUGUUUGACCGAGUUAAUAAUCCCUCUUCGUGCUUUUUGGUUAACUAUACUAUUUGCGUUCUUUUCCAGGUGAUUGAUAAAGUUCAGGAAGAAACAAAAAGCCGUGCAGAUAGAAAACCACCUGGUGUUGGAGGACGAGGAAGAGGAAGAGGUAGGGAUGAAAGUGCUGCUGGAAGACUGGCAAAAGGCAUUGGGCGUGGAAUGGAAGAUGCAGGUCCAAAAGGCCGGGGCAGAGGAGGACCUGGUGCCAAGUCUGGUGGAAAAGGUGGAGGCCGUGGACGUGGCUAAUCAUCUUCAGUUAGAGACAAUGAAGCAAGAUGUGUCACUUUAAAGGCAUAUUGUAUCUAGUUUUGUUUAUACUGCCAAAUUAUGAAGGUGCUUCUUGGAGGAAAGGCUGCUUCCAGUUAUUUUAAAUUUGAGAUGGAGUGUAUUUAGGCUUGAAAUGCUCACUCUCAGAUUGAUCAGUGUUUUUCUCUUUUAAGUGAAGAAAAAUGUAAGCGAGCUCGUGUCUUGAAAAUAUUUGGCCAUCAGUAUGUGUAAUCUUAAAUGAGAACUAAGCCUAGUAUUCGAAUUCGAGGUGUUCAGGUUCUAGUUAAAGAUGCUUUUCACACUUUAUAAUUGGAAUGUUAACUCUAGACGAAACCAUUCAGAGUUCA